CGGCGCCGGGUUUUUACGUAUUUCCGGAGCCCCUUCCGCGACCGCAGCUUGCGUUGGUCCUCCAGUUCUUGUGGACGGCAGCAGAGCUCUCCGCUAGACUGAUCGUGGCACCUCCAGGCCCGCCGCCAUGGGAGUGACUUGUGUGUCCCAGAUGCCUGUGGCUGAGGGCAAGAGUGUGCAGCAGACAGUGGAGCUCCUCACCCGAAAAUUGGAGACACUUGGGGCAGAGAAGCAAGGAACAUUUUGUGUGGACUGUGAGACUUACCACACUGCUGCCUCUACCCUUGGCAGCCAAGGUCAGGCCGGGAAGCUGAUGUAUGUGAUGCACAACUCCGAGUAUCCACUGAGCUGUUUUGCCCUCUUUGAGAAUGGCCCUUGCCUUAUUGCUGACACCAACUUUGAUGUGCUCAUGGUGAAGCUCAAGGGUUUUUUCCAGAGUGCCAAGGCCAGCAAGAUUGAGACCCGGGGCACCCGUUACCAGUACUGUGACUUCCUGGUGAAAGUGGGCACAGUCACAAUGGGGCCCAGUGCCCGGGGCAUCUCUGUGGAGGUGGAAUAUGGCCCCUGUGUGGUGGCUAGUGACUGCUGGAACCUGCUCCUCGAGUUCCUCCAGAGCUUUCUAGGCAGCCACACACCAGGGGCUCCUGCAGUGUUCGGAAACAGACAUGAUGUGGUCUAUGGCCCCGCAGAUACCAUGGUCCAGUACAUGGAACUCUUCAACAAGAUCCGCAAGCAGCAGCAGGUGCCGGUGGCAGGAAUUCGUUAGUGACUGGCUAUUGCUGGCUGAGUUGUCACCAUGUGUACUGCACAGCAGGAGCAAGGGCUGUAUUCUCAGGGAUCUGGACCCUAGAAACCCAGGGCAGACAUGGAAGCUUCUCUCCCUCUGGUUCCCAGCUGUGGUUUUUGUCUGGGGCUCUGGACUCCCCUCCCUUGACCCCCAUAUGCAGCCCUCGACAGCUGUCUUACCCAACACCUUGCUGGAUUUGUUCUGUCCUCAAGAAUGGUAAUUAUGAAGAAUGGAGAAGUUUGGACCUUUCCUGCUAUAGGGGAAAAGGUAGGACAGGGUGUCCUUGCCUAGUGUUGGAGGGAAAAACAAUGUGUACCUUCAGCUGUUGAGGAUUUGACCUUGGCCCAAGUGGCCAUGCUGUGCUUCAUGUUGGGCUGUGCUGUCCUGAAACCCCCUCCUCUGCUCUAGUGGAGGGACAGCACAGCUGGUAGGAUGGCUCUCAUUUUUUGACCUGUUCAUGGAAGUGACUUGUGACAUGGCUUUCCUAGGGCAUUGCCUGGGUUCUUUGAACUCUCCUCUUACAUCUUUCCCUUCCGUUGUGGAUUACAUGAUGCAACAGAAUUCACUACUGUGCAGAACCAGAAGGAUGGGUUCUUACGAGAUAAACCUAUUUUUCUAUUAUCUAAUAGUUUCAGAGAUAAUCAGGUGGUUGGGCAGAUCUAACUCUACAAAGUCACCAGGAACUCUUGUUUCCUUAUGUCUUAUUUUCCAGCCACCCCCAGAAUAUUAUCCUUAAGCAAACUCACUGGCCCCAUGUCCACUGGAAGGAUGGGGAAGGAUGAAGAGAAAAGCAGUUUUUUUUUUAAAGGUUAUGGUCUGGAAUUGUUCAGAUUACUGUGGCUACACUUUGCUAAAAGGGCUGCUAGGAUAUAGAGCCUUUUAUCUGGGCAGUCAUAGCCCAGUUACAGCUCAGAGGGUUCUGUGACUAAAAGGUGAAGGGGAUAGGGAUGAUGGGACCCGUUUAGUGGUUUCUGCUACGUGAAGCUCAAUGAACAUGUCAGGAAUGCUCUUGGCAGCUAUUUCUUGAUUAUUACGCCCUGUAACAAAGGCAUCUGCCUAUGAGUUGGAUUGGAGUAAUGACUGAUCCCAUAGCCUCUUGGGGUUUAUUGGAAGUUAGCUGUGCACCUCUCCAGCACUCAGAGGUUAGUAUUGACCAUGAUAUUUGCAGCAUGCUUCACGGUUCCCUGAAGUCUUUGUACUUGCCUCAUUUCAGCCCCAAGCUGCUCAUUUGACUUAAACUGCUUGCCUACCCAACUCCUGCUAGAGAAAUAUUCAGCCAGGCUGGGCAUGCUGACACAUGUCUAUUAUCUCGGCAGCUUGAGAGGCUGAGGCAGGAAGAUUGCAAGUUUGAGGCUAGUGAAACUCUGUCUUAAAAAAUAAAAAAGGACUGGGAUAGUAGCUUAUUGAUAAAGUACCUCUGGGAUUGAUUUCUAGUAUCAUAGGAAAAAAAAAAAAAGCUCAACCAGGCUACUUUGUGAUACAUAGAUCUGGUCUUAGGAAAACUGUUAAUAUAUGCACUAUAUAGGUUGUCACAAGGAUUCUGUCCCUCCCUGAAGGCACUAAAGAAAAACUUUUUCUAUGGUACAUUUCCACAAUAGGAGUCAGGUUACCAGUCCUGUUUCCUUGUAGUUUUGACUGACAGGAAGCUCAGUUCAGCUUUCUAGCUAUAGGGUUGUCAUUUAUAUUUUUUGUAUCACUUCCUGUUUUUGUUGUUGUCCCCAUUGAUUUUUUUUUUUUUUUUGCUUUUAAAAUUUUAAGGUAUGUUUUAGGUAUAAUUUACAUGCAAUAAAAUGUAUAGAUUUUAUGUUUUUGGCUUUCUGGUUUAUAUUUGCUUUUGUCUGGAUCUAUUUGUAAUUUUCUGUAGCUGCCUCAACUCUCGUAUGAAAUGAGACAAUGUACAGGAGGAUUUUGAAUGCAGUGUGUUCCUGAGAAUACAGAAGUUGAAUGUGAGAAAUGUGGACCCUACACAUGCUGUAUAAGAAGGGGCUUGGUUCCCUGAAGCUAAAAAAUAGAAUAAAAUCCCUUCUUAUACUUACACUGCCUUUUAGGCCUAGUCUUGGCUUUUACAGAUCUAACAUUCUUCUGUUGUGUUUUUUCCCCUUGUUGUUGAGCACACACUUGACCAGCUUUAAGUCCUGUGAAUACCAGAUCAAGCUUUAAGAACUGCCACUGGACACUUGUGUCCAUCUUUGUCUUUUGUAUCAGUGAAAGGAAAUUCACCACUAAAAUAAGCAGGUAAUGCAAUAUAUUUCUUAAAUAUCAUAACAAAUAUGACUCCACGAACAAAGUCAUCAAUAUUGAAUUUAUGAGUUGUAGGAAGGGCCCAGAUGUCAAUCUAUAUUUGCAAAUCUGGAUGGGGCUUUUAGAUUAAUUUAGAAUGUACUUGCCAGUGUUCAAUUUUUGAAAGGUUAGGUUGGAUGAAAGUUUGAGACUAUUUUGAUAAAUUUUAUGGAGGAAAGCGCAUAAUUAUCCCCACUUUAUAAAUGAAACUUAAACUCAGCUAGUAAAGGGAGAUGCCAUAUUUGGGAGUUCAAAUCUGAUGUCUUCCUUCUAAACUAGAUUAUCUUCGCACCCCUCUUUCCUCUGCUUUACUUCAACCAUUUCCUGAGUAUGACCCCUAAAAGAACUAGGAAACUUACAGUCUUGUCAACAUGUCACCUUUGUGAGUGCUUCUGCCAGAGCUGCAUGGAAAUCUGCCAUCUUUGACUGCCAGAGCUGAGCAGGACAGCUUUUCAGCUCAACUUGUUUGUUCUCCCUUACCUUAGUGUGGGGAGGCUGUGGCUCCCCGAGAGGCCAUGCAGAGACAUGAAGGUGGCGUCAGGAUCAAACUUCAGGCUCAGAACUCCUAGCUUCCAGCAUGUGCCAAAGUGUGCCAUCUGUGCCUCUUGGGAUGCUAGGUGAUUUUAGGUGGAAUGUGGGAAAUAUUUUAUACUAGGACUUAUGUCUUAUUCUAAUGUAUAUGAAGAGAAAAUUAUAACUACCACUUUAUUUUUUAGGAUUUGGGUAAGUUUUUUUAAAGGGAUUUCUUGUCUGUGGUGGUGCACGCCUGUAAUCCCAGAUACUUGGGUGGCCAAGGCAGGAAGAUCCCAAGUUUGAGGCCAGCUCUUGCAAGUUAGUGAGGCUAUCUGAAAAUAAAUUUUUAAAGUUUUUAAAGAAGUCUGGGGCUAUAGCUUAGUGGUACAGCAUUUGCUUAGUAUGCCUGACAUCCUGCGCUCAAUUGCCAACACUACAAAAAACAAAUGAAUAAAUAAAUGAUCUAUUAAGUUAUAGUACAGAUGAUACACGCCAGUGGCAAAAUCUAGAGUGGCAGAGGCACAUGCUGGGAAGGAAGCCUCUUAUUUAUUCUGACUCUGUCUAGUUUGUUUCCUCCGUCCAUUGAUGGUUCCUGCUCUGGCUAUUGCUUUCUUGUUCUCUCAUCCUGCUGAUUCUCUACUCCUGUCCCCACACUGCCUCCUGCUGGCUUUCCUCUGAUAUUUGAGUGCCAAGCAAUCACAUCUCCCUUCUCCCCAUGACCAUUUAUUGGAGUUUCUUUUCUGCUGACAGAAUUACCUAGAGGCUGACCACUCCUCCUUGGCACCAGAUCUACCUCGAUCCAGAUGUCCUGAGGCUUCUGGGGAGGCAGUUAGUGAAGUUUUGUUCUUUAAAUCCCGGAGAGCAGCAAAGUAGUUAAAAAGUCCCCUCAAGCAUGUGUUUCAGGUGUCAAAAGUUGAGACUCUUAAAAUACAAGUACAGUAUGUAAUAGGCCAUGGGGCCGGACAUUUCAAGAUCAGUCAUAGAAGAUGUUGAACCAGGCAGGUGGUCGUUUGGUCUCUCUCCCUCUAAGCCCAUACCUCUAACACCCACCAAUGCCUUUUCCUUGCCAAAAGCCCCCUCUCCACAUCUGUGGAGGCUGGGUCUGGGGGCUAUAGUCCCCAGUCACUGAUGCAUGAAUGGCUGAGACCUGUUGUAUUACAAAUUGAGGCCUCUCCUGAGGGUUUGGAAUCUUUGGCCUGUGAGCCCUCACUUUUGGGGUUGGGCUCUCCCCCAGGUGAGUUUCUGCCAUUGUGUAGAGCACUCCCAAGUCUCUUGUUAAAAUGCUCAAAUCUUCCUUACACCAAGCCUCCCAGAAGUCAGGCUACCUGGGGUUGGCCUUGUCUAGGGAAAUCCUUUCCCUGUGUAUUUAAUUCUUUUCUCUUUUAUUCUGAGACAGAAAAAAACAUAUUUGUUUUUUCCCUCCUAGGUGGUGGAGAAUGGAUUAUGUUUACUGAGGUCAUUUAUUAGUUCUUGUUGGAAUACGAGAGGACUGUGACCCUAAAGCUGGGGUUCUUUUUUGUUUGUGUUGUGGAUCAAACCCAGGGCCUUGUGUAUGCUAAGCACAUUUAUUUAUUUAUUUUUUUUUUGCCUUCCUUUUUUUUUUUUUUUUUUUUUGCUAAGCACAUUUUUUAAGACAGGAUCUCAUUAUGUUGCCCAGGCUGGCCUUGAUCCCUGAGGCUCAAGCCAUCCUCUGGCCUCAGUCUCUAGCCUAGUCCUCAGUCUAAGACUACAGGCUGGUGCUGCUAUACCUGGCUAAACAGGUUCUUAAGGAAACUGCAGGUUUUCAGCUCUGUGGAUGUCAGACAUAGAAUCAUGUGCAUCUUCAGUUUUGGGGAAUUGUCUUGCUGCUGCUGUUUGUGUUUGGUUGGGAUGUUUAAGGUGGGAGAUUAUGGGGUCAUUGCUGGGUAUAAUUUGCCGUUAACACAAAGAGUGCUUUUGUAAUACAGAAUGAAUGUCCAGAGAAAGUAUUUGUUGUAGGUGUAUUUUUUGUAAUUAGAUCAAGCAGUUGUUUAGACCAUCUUUGGAAUAUGGACAUUUUUUUUUUUGUUGUUCCGGGGAUUGAAACCAGGAGUGCUUUACCACUGAGCUCAUCCCCAGUCUCUUUUUAUUUUAAGACAGGUCUCACUAAGUUGUUGAGUUUUUCACUAAAUUGAUGAGGCUGGCCUCAAAUUUAUGAUCCUCCUUCUUCAGCCUCCUGAGUCACUGGCAUUACAGGUGUGCACCACUGGCUUGGAAAUAUGUUUUUAAUAGUUAUUCAUAGUGAUGAGGUCUUACUUGUUCUAUAUCCUGCAGGAAAAGAGGCUGGGCUUAAAAAAUGUAGGAUAAAAAUAACUAUAUUUUCAGUGCGCAAGCUUAGUUCUGCCUGUCUUUUCAAUGCCAUGUGUAUUAUGAUUAUGUUGUUAACCAGUUGUGUCUUUAAAGAAAGUCUAGCAUUCAUGAUUCUGAUUCCUCAUUAACUCUGAAGCUCCAUUAAAACUUUUUGUCAGGUAUUCCAAAUAGUGCUUUCAGAUUUGAAUUAAAGUAGCUUCUUUCUAUUAUAUCUGCCAUCUAAUUUAUGAUUCUCAAACUUAUCAGUCUCAGGCUUCUUAAUGUUCUUAAAAGGUGUUGUUUAUGUAGGUUAUAUCUAUUGAUGUUUACCUUAUUAAAAACAUAAAAAUUAAAAUAUUUAUCAUUUAAAAGUAUCAACAAAUCCAUCUCGUUAAUAUAUUUUUAAUGAAACUUUA